CAUUUUUCCGGCUUCAUGUCAGCCGGGGAGGCGGCCGCGGGCCGAGCGCCAGAUCGCCCUCCGUCCCCCCUCCCCCUCUCCUCCUCGCACCCGCUGCUUGUCCCUCCCGCCGCGCGCUCCCGCACAUGUUCCUCCGUGUUGCACUUCUCCGUGUCGCUCGUUCCUCGUCCUCCACUUGCCUCUCGCCCGCCCUCGCCCUUGCCUUUUCCCGGCCGUCCGCCGCUGCCGCUGUCGCCGCCGUCGCCACCGCCACCCCCCUCCCUGCCGGCGCCUCGUCUCCGGUGUCCCCCCAGCGGUUUUUCUCUUCAUCGGCCCCGCUUUCCUCUGUGCGCCGCCCGCGUGCUUCCAUCCCUGCCAUGGACGCCGCGUCUUCUGCCAGCCCUCCGACACCGUCCCCUGCCAUCGGGGACUACAUCACCCCGGCGGCCGAGCUGGUCCCCAUCACCGAGGGGUCGGCCACGGUUCUUUUCCCCACGGCGGCCGAGGUGUUCUACAACCCGGCGCAGGUCAUCAACCGGGAUAUCUCCAUCUCGGCCAUCCGGACUUUUGUGGCCCUGCGCCGGAUGGAGGAGCGCGACCAGGCCAAGUGCGGUGCCGGCCUGAUGGCGGACGUCCUGCCGGCACAGGCCGACCGCCUGAAGCGCAUUACCCAAACCCUGGCCGAGGUGGCGCCGGAGUCGGGCCAGGCCGGGCGGCUGGCCGCCCUCGAGGGGCUAGUCGCCGGCGGCGAGGGCCCGGUCACCGUGCUCGAGGCCCUGAGUGCCAGUGGCCUGCGGGCUGCCCGAUAUGCGCGCGAAAUCCCCGGGCUCACGCGCAUCGUGGCCAACGACCUCUCCCGCGAUGCGGUCCUCUCCAUUGAUCGGAACAUCGCGCACAACCGCGUCGAGCAUCUGGUGUCCUCGAACCUGGGCGACGCGAAUGUCGUCAUGCAGAAGCAUGCCAGUGAUGGCUUCACCAUCGUCGAUCUGGAUCCCUAUGGCACAGCCAUCCCCUUCCUGGACGCGGCCAUGGGGGCCAUCGAGUCGGGUGGCAUGAUGCUGGUCACUUGCACGGAUAUGGCCGUGCUGGCUGGCUCCAAUCCGGACUCUUGCUACAGCAAGUACGGCACCAUGCCGGUUAAUGGCCGGUAUUGCCAUGAGCUGGCCUUGCGCAUCCUGCUGGACUCGCUGAGCGCCUAUGCGGCCAAGCAUCGCCGGUACAUCGUGCCGCUGGUGUCCCUGAGCAUCGACUUCUACAUCCGUGUCUUCAUCCGCGUCUUCCGUAGCGCCUCCGAGGUGAAGCUGGUUGCACAGAACUCCUCUUCCAUCUACCAGUGCUCUGCCUGCCCUAGCUUCCAUACGGCCCCGAACGCUCGGCCGCUGUCCAACAAGCACGGCCAGGUCGUGCGCUAUGGUGCCGCCCGGCCGCCGACCGGCGACCAGUCCUUCUGCGAGUCCUGCGGGCGCCCGGCGCAUGUCGGCGGCCCGAUUUGGACCGGUCCCCUGCACAAUCAGGAUUUCAUCCACGCCAUGCUGGCCAUCGUGGAGGCCACGCCCCCCUACGUCGAGCCAGUGCCAGACGCCACCGAUGCCCCGGCGGCUGCUCAGGCCAAUGCGGCGACCGAUGCCGGCACCGGCACCCCCUCGACUCCGGAGCCCGAGCUCCCGAUCACCUCCUUUGCCAAGCCGCUGCGCACGCGCGAGCGCAUCAUCGGCAUGCUGAACAUGGCCCUCGAGGAGCUGCCCGACGUGCCCCUGUACUACACUCUCUCGGACAUCCUCGGCACGGUCAGCGUAUCUGGCUUGCCGAUGACUCUGGCCCGCUCGGCCCUUCUGAAUGCCGGGUACCGGGUGUCCGGCUCGCAUGCGGCCCGCGAUGCCCUCAAGACCGACGCUCCCCAGGAAUUCAUCUGGCGCACGGUGCGCGCCUGGGCCCGGCACCAUUACAAGGUGCGCUUCUCGAAGGCCAGCCGCGGGAAGCCCACGCGCGCGCUGCUCAUGGCACGCAUCGACCAGGAGGCGGUGGCCAAGGCGGCCCUGGCCAAUGAGCAGGCGGCCGAGGCCCGGGCCCAGAAGCUGGCCCGCCUGGCCGAGCGCCAGGAGGCCGGCCAGGCUGUCAGCUCGGUGUCCUCGCGGGCCACUGCCAUCGAGACCGAGCGUGUUCCCACCGAGGAGGAGGAGGAGCAGGAGUACCGUGCCCGGCUGGAGGAGGCCCUCCGCGCGGAGAAGGCCCGCCUGGCGCGCUUCCACAUGGACGACUCCCAGGGGCUGGUUAGCCGGUUGGAGGCGCAGCUGGCCGAGCCCUGGCGCCCGGUCAACUUCGACCUGCAUCCGGAGGCGGAGCCGCACUCGCGUCGGGUGGGGCUCACCCGCUUUGCUGUUCUGCCGGCCGGCUGGGGUCCGAUGGCACGCGCGCGUGUCCGCAUGCGCGAGGCCCCUGGCGAGGACAUCGACGAGCAGUCCGAGCAGGAAAUGGAGCACGAGCAGCAGCCCGCGCAGUAGCCGAGCAUGCUUUGUGACGCCCGUUGCCCCUGUUUCCCGAUGGGCCCUUAGCUAGGAGGCUGUCCCCCCCCCCCCC